AAUAUUUUUAAUCGGAAGUGACGUUUCCCAUCUUCGGUUUUGGUCAAUUCUUCAAAUUUCGUAGUGUAACCGUUAAAAUAAUAGCGGUAAGUUAAUAAUAUGAAGUUCAUUGGUUGAUGAUACGAAAUUCUACUUUUUAAAAUUAUGAAUGAUCGUCAUUUUAUCCAUUAGCUUGAUGACACAGAUUCAUACCUUGUUCCCAUUUAAAUUAUUACAUACUAUUAGUUGUAGCAGUUAAUCGUUGUAAGUAUCGUUUGUUUAUUUAAAAAACAUCCUAACAAUUUGUACAAUUUCUCCUUACAGUCACAAGGUUACUCCAUCAGAGAUAAAUUAAAAGUAAAUAAGUGUUUGGGAAAACUCUUCCGCAAGGAGACUUGCAGCAUGAUCCCCUCAUGUUUUGGUAAUAGUCUAGUAUCACAUCACCACUCCUACACACUCCUUUACACGCUGAUAUCACAUGACAUCGACCUCCUAUCACGCGGCUCCGUUCUCUACUCACGUGACCAGCCCCAUUACGGCCACUGCCCUGGUCAUGUGAGACCGGUAUAUAAGUCUCUUCUUCGCUUCGUAGUCUUUUCGUCCGCUUUCGUAUCGUGACCCGAGGUCUAAUCGUCAGGUGAGUUUGAAGAGGAGCUCUACUGUACUGGAGAUAUCGUAACGUAUCGUAAUGAAGCGAAUCAUUGCUCUGGAGAAAGCAUAUAUAUAGGUAGGCAUGUGAUGAGUGUGAGUAUUAAACUAUUCUUCUCUUUCAACCAAUCUAAUAAUAUUUCCAAUGAACACCUCCAGCUAUAAUCCCAUCUCUUACACUUACCCGAUUAUCACACUACCGUGGGAACAAGAGACAACAGACCCUGCCUAUCCUGCAAACUACACUCCUACCUACCAAUCAGUCUGCUACGCUGAUGUCAGAGUACCGACUAGUUCAGGUAGUUCUGCGGAGGGUUACUACGGUUACCCCUAUCAGAACACACAGAAACCUGGUGUUAAACACUUUAGCCCUGAAACUGGAGAGACCCCUUCUUACAAGCUGGAUGAUGAGGAUUACUGCGUACCAGUCAGUAUCUCAUCUGAAACUGAGUAUCCCACCACCAUGCCUCUCCCCUCAAGUUACUAUUGUCCUCCAAGUUCAGGUACAGUGGGUAAUCCUUAUUACAUCUCCUCUCAAACUACCCGCUAUAUGCACGUGUCUGCAGACUCUUCCACUCCUGAACCUGCUCCUAACCAGACAACUACUACCUUCAGUCCUGGCUACCCUCCUAUCUCAGAGCCUAGUGUUCCUAACCAGACAACUACUACCUUCAGUCCUGGCUACCUUCCUAUCUCAGAGCCUAGUGUUCCUAACCAGACAACUACUACCUUCAGUCCUGGUUACCCUCCUAUAUCAGAGCAUAUUCAGUCACGAACUGAGGCAACUCCCCGUAACUAUCAGUAUCCUAUUUCUACUAGCACAGUCUGCAGUUCAGUUAGCGCACUACCGCUCCCUGUUACCUCACUACCGCUCCCUAAUCAACAACCUGUAGGUAUUGACUUCCCUUAUCAUCUGUUCGAAUAUCCAGCACAGAAUCCUGGUGGAGGAAAAAUCAAGAAAGAGAAGAAACGAACCGAGUUUUCAUCACAAGACCUGAAACUUCUGGAAGCUGCUUUUGCCGAAUCAGAUUUUGCCAGAGGAGCUAAAAGGGAGAAGCUUGCCUCUUCUUUGGGAGUUUCGUUAAGAUCAAUAACAGUCUGGUUUCAGAACAAGAGAGCAAAGAUGAGGAAAGAAAAGAAGAGUAUGGAAAUGCUGGAACUCGCGGCCAAGACUGGAAUAGUCGAUCUCAAACAAUAAUAAUCUUUUAUUAAUCACCCGACAUCUCUAGCUGUGCUAGAGUUAGAGUAGCACACUGUUUUUACUGGAUGGAUAAUUUCAGAUAAUAUUUUGGUCUUAUAAUAUUUUGGUCUUAUAAUAUUUUGUUGACAUAACAUUUCGAAUUUACACUC